AUGGUAGGCUAUAUUGGCCGUCCUUUUUACGCAGUGCAAGGGCGUGCCCUUUGCGAACGCGACUACCUCGACACACUGGAGAAAUGCUGUGUCUGUGGUGAUCCGAUCCUGGACCGUAUUCUCCGAGCGACCGGCAAACCGUAUCACCCGCGAUGUUUCACGUGCGUCGUAUGUCAGAAGAGCCUCGAUGGUAUCCCAUUCACAGUAGAUGCUGUUAACCGUAUACACUGCAUUGAGGACUUUCAUAAGAGAUACGCGCCGCGAUGUGCCCGUUGCCGCGAGCCGAUAGUCCCGGAGGGCGGCGCCGAGGAGACAGUUCGCAUCGUCGCACUGGACAAGAGUUUCCACAUCGCGUGCUACGCGUGCGAGGACUGCGGCGCCUCGCUGUGUUCCCGCCAAGAAGGUCGAGGGUGCUAUCCACUAGACGACCACUUAUAUUGCAGGGAAUGUAACGCUAGACGUAUACAAGAUCUGUCUAGGAAUAUUAAUUAA